AUGAUGUUGCACCAUACUUCAAGACUGAACCAGGCUUGCCCCAGAUACACUUGGAAGGAAAUCGACUCGUACUUACGUGCCUUGCCGAAGGCAGCUGGCCCUUGGAAUUUAAGUGGUUACGCAAUGACAGUGAAAUAACCGCCUACUCCAGUGAAUAUAAGUAUAUCAUCCCAGCUUUGCAGAGGUCUGAUGCUGGCUUUUAUCAGUGUGUUGUACGAAACAGGAUGGGGACAUUGCUGCAAAGAAGAUCUGAAGUUCAAGUGGCAUAUAUGGGAAAUUUCAUGGACACAAACCAGAGAAAAACAGUGACUCAAGGACAAGCUGCAGUUCUAAACUUCCUACACAUACUCAGCUAUCCAAGACCACAAGUGACAUGGUUUAGAGACGGGCACAAGAUUAUACCAAGCAGCAGAAU